UGUGGGGCGGGGUCAAUCGGAAAUCUAAAUGAAGCUUGUGGCCGCGUUCAAUCCCAGUUAUCGGGUGCGUUCGGAACCGCUGGGCGCCUUCGUGACGCAACACGGUAAACAUGCGAUCCUGAGGGCUCCCAGUCUCCGCGGCGAGUCGCACCGACGGCCGCAGCAAACUUUGGGAUACGCCGGAGCGAUCGAGUUCGCCGGACGUCGCGGAGAGUUAAACUUCGGGGCUGGAUCGCAGCCCCCGACAGGCAUGGGCUGUGUAAACAGUACGGCCGGCGGUCAGGUCGGCAGAAAAAAGAAGAAGAAGGCAAAGAAAAACGGGAAGGCCUCCUCGGAUCCGGAUGGCCGCGAGCAGGGGAGCGUUCAGGGCACACUGGACAGGCUCCCAGAGCAGGAGCUGAAGAUGGUUCGCGACUUCCUGACGACGGCCAGCACCAAGGGCCUGGACGUGCCGCAGGAGGUGCAGCAGAACGAGCUUCUCGCGCUGCUCCUGGAUGUCCUGAAGAAGGUGACUGCAGACAAAACAGCAGAGCUGAGUGCUCAGUUUGAGGAGAACAUCAAGCGUCUCUCCAAAGAGCACAGUGACAAAAUUGAAGAUCUGCAGCGGUCACAUGAUGAAGAGGUCAAGUGCAUGAGGGACAGUUUUAAGGUGGCUGAGGUUUCGCUGCAGGGCCGGGUGGAGGCGCUUGCUGGCCAGGUGGAGGCGCUGACUUCCGAGCUGAAGGCCUUCAAUGAUCUAAAGCAAAGGGUGGCGGAAUCAACCCUGAAGAGAGACCUCAAUGGCAAUAUUCAGGCCCAGGGUAGCCCAGGAGAAUUCUGGGAACAGGAACUGGAGAGCCUUCUCUUUGUCAUAGAAAUGAAGAGCGAGCUUUUACAGGAGAAGGAGAAGAAGCUGCGGCAGAUGGAAAUACUGGUGGCGAGGAACCGCUCCCUCGAGGACCAAGCAGUCGGCAUUCUCCAGAAGAACGAGGACCUACGUGUGCGCAGCAAUAGCUACCAAAGCCAGAUCCAGCAGAUGUCCUUGGAGCAGGUCCGCCUGAUGGAAGACCUGGAGCAGAUGGAGCUCAUGAAUGUGAAACUGACGCAGGAGAAGGAGGAGCUCCUGUACAAGUUGCAGCACAGGGAGUCUUGCUCCACCACCUCCCCCUCCCUAAGCAGACUCCCUACCAAGUCCCCCAAUCACUUGAGAUGACCCACCGUCCCUUAACCUGACUUGGCCCAGGGGUGCCGCCCUGCUGGUUAAACCUGGCGUGGCGUCCCAGACUUCUACACCCUGAACAGACUAUACUUCGUGUUUCACGAUUUUGACAACAGAGUUUUAAAUUUUGGUUGUGGUGGGAUUUUAUUUCUUUUUUUUUUUUUUUUUUUUUUUUUUUUUUUUUUUUUUA